AUGCCUGCUCCGGCAGGCUAUGUUCCGGGAGUGGGAAGAGGUGCGACCGGUUUCACGACGCGGUCUGAUAUUGGACCGGCGAGGGAGGCCACCGAUGUGCCAGAAGCAGGGACGGGACCGCCAUCGAAGAAGGCGAAAGAGGAAACCAAGGAGGACCCGGAAGAGCAACUCAAUGACAACAAUUACGAUGAAUUUGAAGGCUAUGCAGGGAGCUUAUUCGCGCAGGAUCCUUAUGAUAAAGAAGACGAAGAAGCAGACGAGGUCUAUUUAGCUUUCUUGGGAUAUUUCAGAGAGAAAAAGUACAAAGAGGCUAUCGAAAAGUAUCGCAAAGAGAGGCCAAAAAUUCAACAGGAGUUUUCUGAUCUGAAGAGGCAGCUUAGCGAGGUGCAGUUCUAUCUAUCAUCAUACGUAAAAGUUCUGUUCACACCUGUACCGGAUUCACUUAUUGCUAUGUCAAUGAGUUACGGAGAGACAACUUCCACGCUUGAUAGUCGCGUUCAAUCAGGAAUGACAACACCUUUCGGUUCGGGAUUCCAGAGCACUUUUGGCGGGAUGCAGUCGUCACUAGGUGGUUGGAAAACGGGAAUUAACUCAGGCAUAUCGUCUGGCCAUGAUCUUGAUCUUAUAAAAAUUGGCCAGGCCAGAAACAAAAUUAUGGACAUCAAGCUGAAUCAGGUAUCGGACUCCGUCUCGGGCCAGACUGUUGUUGAUCCCAAGGGUUACCUUACCGAUCUCCAGUCGAUGAUUCCACAAUACGGAGGAGACAUCAACGAUGUCAAGAAG